GGAAAAGAGUCAAGGAUUACAGCUUGAGUCAGAGAAACAACAUCUUUUGGAUGAGCGGGAGCAGUUGAGCAGUUGUUAGAAAGUGCUCGGGAAAAAGUACACUCUCUUCAGGCUUCUCUAAAUUUAGUUGGUGCAAAUACUACUCAUGUACAGGUGGAAGUUAUGUCUAAACAGCUGGCCGCCUUAGAACUUCGAGAGUUGAGAGAAAAACAGAAGGCUGAACAUGCUGCUAUCAUGUAUCAACAUAUCAAAAAGGAGUGUGAUGAGCUGCAACACCGAGUGAAGGAGCUGCAGGAUACUGUUGAUGCUACUUCCAAGAUGAACUUGGUCCUACAAACAACCGAGACAGAGUUACGUCAGCAGCUUCAGGGAGCCAUCUUGCAGGAGGAGUAUGCUAUAGUCACUAAACAAGCUCAGCAACUUACUGAUGAAAAAAUGCAAUUAUCAUCAGAUAAAAAGCGUCUGCAAGCUUUAGUAGAUGUUCUGAGUACCCAGAUGAAGCAGAAACAAAUGCUUGAAUCUUUGAAUCAAGCUGAAGUGGAUCAUUUAAGAAAAGAAGUUCAAGAUCUUGCAGCAAUUAGUGAUGAGCGCUCUAAAAUAGAUGAGUUCAGUCGAGAGAUAAUCUUUCUGAAAGUUAAGAAUUUAGAACUGAUUGCUGAAGUGGACGAGACUAAAGCCUUGUGUGAAAAACGGUCAGUUGAAAUCUCUAGUUUAAGUCAACAGUUACGUGAUAGAGAGAGACUUUUAGAAACUUCAACAGACACCAAUCAUGCCAGAGCCACGAGAUUAUAUGUCAUCAUCAGGGACCUAAGACAACAAUAUACAGGAGCUGUGCCUCUCUCCCAGCAAGAGCGACUUGUCGAUCUGAUGGAAACAUUAAGGCAAGAUAGGAAUGCUUUACAGAAGACCCUUCAGAGUGCCCAGUAUGACAAGAUGGAGUCAAAAAUUGCUCUGAGACAACUGAAAGUAAAACAAGAAGCUCUUGAUGACUUGAAGGUGGCCUUUUCUUCUCCCAAAUCAACAACACACAUUGUUAAUUGGUGUACUAAGCUUGAGGAAGCCAGACUGAAGAAUGUUGAAUUAGAAGAAAAAAUUCAAACUCUUGAGGAGAAUCAUGCUUUAAGUAAAACACGGUUAGAGGGAAAAGAGAGGAGAUUAGGAGAGUUGCAAACACAGCUUAUUAAUUUAGAAAAGCUAUAUAUGGAUGAGCAGCUUUUGUGGGAUGAACGAGAAACUGAAUUGACCAAAGCUCUUGAGAAACACGAGACAAUGCAUAAAAGAGCCAUCUUGGAAAUGAAUACACUGAAUACUGAUGAUGUUCCUGAUGGUUCACUGCCCAUAUCAAAACAGCUUGAACAAACACUAGAUUUAUUACGACAAAAGGUGACGCUGUUGGAAAAUGCUGAGAAGGAAAUAGAAAAAUAUAGAAAUGAGGCUCAAAUUAUCCAGAAGAAAGUAAGAGAGAAGGAAAUAGAGGUUAUAGCAAGAGAUAAAAUAAUUAAUGAAAUUAGAAUAAUGAAGAGCACUUCAAAAGGUUCACAAAUCCUUUCAGAGGCAGCUCACGAUAUAACAGAUGAGGAAAAGCCCAAGUUGGUGACACCUGAAGAAGAAACUAUAAAAGUUAUGGUUGAAGGACUGAAAGAGCGUCUUCGCAUGAGUCAAGACACAGUAAAACACUACCAGGAUCUUUUAGCUAAAGUACAUGAAGAUAAACAAAACCUUGCUGCUAGAAAUAAGGAUGAAUUGACCUGUGUAACUAAGGAGCGUGAAGAGGCAAUUGCAAAAGCGCGGGACCUCCAAUCCCAGCUUGACUGCAUUCCUACUCGGGAUCAAAGUUCAACAGUUUUAACCGAGGCACAAGCAGCACAAAUUCAAAAUUUGGAGGAAACUACAAAAAUGCUUGAAAAACAGUUAGAGCAGACCAAGAGUCACCUAAUUGCAUAUGAAAGGAAAGCAGCACAAUUAGAACGUGACUUGACAAUUGCUCAUCGUGAACAUGCCCAAGAAAAAGAACACUUGGAAGUGUCUAAUCAAGUGCGAGCACAGCAGCAUCAACGUGAACUAGAUAGACUCUCUGGAGAAGUGUGUAAGAUGCGUCAUGAAAGGGAUGAAGUACGUAAGGAAGCAGCUAUUCUUAAAGAGUCUGCUUGUCGUACCCCAUCUGCCAUCUUGCGAACACUGGUAGAAAAAUUGCGUGAUCAGCUAAUUGAAAAAGAAAAACAGGUUUCCAGGCUUCAUCUUGCUGUACAAGACAUGAAGAAGAGGAUGUCAGAAAAUAAGAUACAAAAUGAAGAGAUAGAUCCAGCCAUAAUUGAAAAGGAAGUGUCACAAGUGACCAACAAGCUCACUGAAUCAUUCAAAAUGGAGCUUGGAAAACUUACUGCUAUGAAAGAUAACCUAGAACAAAAACUACAUGAACAAAAUAUUUCAUUUACAGCGGUAAAGGAAAAGAAUAAUGCAGAAAUAGAUACGCUGAAUGAAGAACAUAAAAGCUUGAAAUCAGAAAAUUUAAAAUUGGAAAAGCAGAUGUUUCAGCAAAAGAAAGUUAAUGGUGCUCUUAAACAGAAGCUUGAAGAUUUAGAAGGAAAAUCACCUGCAGCAAUAACCAGAGCAAUUGAGAAUUUGCAAGAAAAGUUAAAGAAAACUGAUACUAAAGAAACACAGGAAAAUGAAAUUCGUAAGGCCAGAAGUCAAGAACAAGUCGUUAGGUGGGAUGAAAGAAAGAAACUCCAAGGCAUAAUUGAUAAAUUGAAAGGAAAAGUGAAGGAUUUGGAAAUAGAUCAUGCUGCAAAUAUAAAGAAGUUAGAGACAAGUAGAGAUCUUUUGAGCAGAGUUGAAAAAGAAAAGCUGUCAUUGCAAUUUAAACUGAAUAAUUUAAGUAAAGUUUCCACUGAAAGAAUGUGUGGUGUUUGUCUGAAAACUUUAAAUGCAAGAGAGAGAGGAAGUGAGAGUAUUAAUCAAGAAAGAUCUUCACCAGCACAUGGUAUUUCACCUGUCAGACAUGCAAGGAAGAGCCAAGUUAGCCCUUCUCCAGAAAGAGCCAUAAUUAAGGUAGAAGUAGGUGAUACUCAGAGAGGUGAAGCCCAGAGUCCCUCAUUGCCUACAAGAGCACAGAUUACACAAGAUGACAGUGAGUUAAGGUUUCGAAUUCAACUAAAAAAAGCUUUGGAGGAAAAACAUAGCCUGGAGUUGAAGUUUAAAAGUGCUGUAGAAGAAAUUGCUGCUCUAAGAAAUUGUCUACAGCAAAAAGAGGAAGAGGAAGAAAGACUAGUGGCUGAGAGGAGUCCAGUGGCACGACGAGGAGGUGGAGCAGCAGUUGUGCUUGAGUACGAGUCUCGUAUACGAACUUUGGAAGAGGAACUACGGCAGAAAGCACGUCUUCUUAGUCAUGUCAAGCAAGUAGUUUGUGAAGCUGCUGCUCGUGAAGAAGCUCUCUUAGAAGAAAAAGGUGUACUGCUUCAAAAAGUUGCUCUUUUGGAAAGUAUAUCAGAGGACACUCCAUCUGCACGCCUUGUUCAUGAAUUAAGGCAGGCUAAACUCACAGUUACUAGACUCCAAAGACAACUGGACCAAAUUCAAGGCAACUCUUAAUGCCUUUGUGUGGCCCUAAUUGAAAAUAGUUUCCAGUCUUAUAUAGUGAGUUAAAGUGGAUAGGAUUAGCUUUGAGUAAAAUAUUUUUUAAGUACGGUACCUUUAUAAAUAGCAAACUUCAGCAUAUAUAAAAGUGUUAGUUGAAAGCAGAGAAAUAUAUCAGUGCAGUGCAGAGACUGGUGAUAAAGUGAAUGAGAAUACUGUAUUAAAAGAUAAGCAUGAGAAUGUUAACUAAGCAGGUUUAGUAGAAAAUGUCAUAAGUCUGCACACAUAAAUAUACAUAUCACAGGUUUGGAUCAUGUGAGAAGGCUACAAAACAAAAUUCCAUAGCAAUUAUGUAAGUUAUUGCAAAAGUAGGAAUGCAAGAAGAGGUUAAGUUACAAUGCAGACUUACUAAAUGGAGUGGAGAGUAAUUUAUAGAAUGAGCAUCAAGAAUUUGUUUAACAGCCUGUAGGUGUGAUG